AUAUUAAGGGGAAAACUGACUUUCUAAGGGGAAAUGUUACACGUCAAGUGACUGAGGAAACGUUACAUCGAGUUUUCUGAAGUCGAUAAGAAAACGAGCUGGAUCUUUCUGCGAGCAGAUUAUUUUCAAGAUUCCAAGCAAACGGUGGUCAUUAGUGAAGAAAGAUGAAACUCAAUAUUACGAAAAUCGUGAUUAUUACCAUCUCCUUUAUUACCUUAACGAGAUCAUCAGAGCUCGAGAUCACCAGGGUAAGACCAAAAGGAAGAAAUGGAUGGAUGCAAGGCAGAGAUCUCUUCCAAAUUAAGUUAUCUCUGCCCACUCGGAACAGCAGGAACAACAACAUUGUGAAUUGUGCAAGAUUCAGUGCUGAAGAGAUUAGUCAAAGUGGCGAUCAAUUCACUUGUUCAUGCUCCAGUAGGAAUGCCACAUUAAUGCUCGCAAACGAUGAAUGGAGAUGCCUAAAAAACGUUCACGUUCGUAAACUGCUAGGAUCUACAUGGCAUUUCGAGAACGAGGGCCAAGACGAUGCAUUGCGCAUACUCACGAAUAGUGAGUCCAGAAGAGUGAAAGUGCCGUGGUUUUGGUUUUACUGCGGGGUAGACAAAUAUAAGUCUUGGUAUAUUGGAUGCAAUGGUUCCGAGAUUCCACUGACGGGUGAUCUGCAGUUGUUUACUAUACAGAGAGGAUACAAUCACAAUUUCCCUUAUUUUCUGAAGGUAAACAGGGGCUCGUCUAAUGCCGAUUUAUUAAAUGGACGCAUUAUCAAGCUUGGUAUCCAGUGCACUGAUCCAACAAACAAUGCCCUGAGCACAUCAGCGUUGCUGUUUAAAUACGAAGGCAAAGUGAAUUGCUCCUUAUCAACGCCAACCUCCCAACCUGUGGUAUCAACCAAGUCUUUCAGAACAAUUUUCCCUUCAGAAACACCAACUACAGAAACAACGCCCAAAACAACGUCAACAGCGAAAGCUAAAACUUUGCAAACAAGUACAAUAGCAAAGACAAAAGCAACACCCAAAAUUACUGAGACCUUCAAAAAGGACACGAAAACUACAAUAAAGGCUACUGCCCGUCCCAGUCUUGGCCGUGAGCAGAGAGUCGGUAAAAACUCAUCAACCGUCGCCCUCAUCGCAGGUCUCAGUUCUUCAGUUUUGGUUAUUGUCAUCGUUAUCGUUUUACUGAUUUAUCGGCGCUUCUACUCAGGCAUGAAACUCUGCGCGAAAAAUGAAACUUUGGACAAGAAGGAAACAGCUGUAGUGAGCGGUGAAACAAGCUUAGCGUACGAGCCGGAAAUCGAUGAUGAAAACAUUUACAAAGAACUCGAGUUGAGAGAACCAGUUAUCUAUCAAAUGCCAAUUCAGCGAAAUGCUGCACAACGUGCCGAUGGAGAUUCUCACGAAAAUCACGUGUACGAGUCUGUUUACAUUACAAAGGAGGGAAACUUUUAUGGGCCAAAACGCAACGAGAAAACAGCCGAUGGAGCUCUAGAAGCUUCAAACUAUUAUGAAACAACCGAUAUCAAGAUUCAGCCAUGUGGUCCCUUUCGAGUGGACUAUUGCGAGUACAAUGUCAGGGAGGUACCAUCCCUGGCACCCUUACAGGGAUCUGUCGAGGGACCUGAUGAUUAUCUUCAGCCGGUGGACGAUGCGUUUGUGAAACCUUAUGCAGAAGUUGCGAUAGGAAAUGUCAAUUAUGGUUUUACAUCAAUGAAAGGGACAGUUGACAACGAAUUGGAGAGACCUGCCAAUCUUCAUGGUGUGCAAUCUGUGUACAACGUGUUAGAUGAACCGUACGCUGAAAGUGCAGAAGAACGAAGUCAUCAUAAUCCUGUGGCGUUAGCUAUAGAUGAGCCUAUUUACAGCAUUGUGGACGAAUCUCAUAUUUAUGGUAUUCACUCAAAUGCUGAUUCAGAUGGUACAUACGAGCCAAUUUACAUUACCAUUGAAGAAGAGCCUCGUGAAGGAAUUAUGAAUAAAACACAAUAAGAAUGGUGUUCAUGUAUAAUAUUUAAAAUAAAUAAAAUUUUGACGAGUAAUCAAUAUGUAAUAACAGUUAAGACUGAGGGCAAAUAUUAGAGCGUUCCUCGCUCCCAAAUGUGAUUUCGUUCUAAUUAAGGUCUGAUUAGUGUGGAAAAGGACCCAAGAAUUUGGACGCCUCCCGGUUAGCUCAAUGGAUAGA